UGGCCCAGCCCAUUCCGUGGGGCAGACUGCGAAGGACGCCGCCUCCCAUUCCGUGGUGCUCUGGAAAGUCGAGGCGCGACGCCGGCGACGUGAGCGCCAUUGGAGGUCGGCGGCGAGUUCUUCACCGGCAGAUUCUGCUCGCGACUCCUUCCUUGCACUGCGAUCUCAAUUCUUGCUUACUUGCGCUGUUGAUUCAUAUGGCUUCUUUUGGUCUUCUGCUCUUGUGCAGUUUCCACGCGCACCACCUGUUCGACGAAACGCCACUGCGUGAUCGGCCGCCAUGGAGGGUCGUCCUGGGAGGCGCAGGCGCAGGAGGGUCAAGGCCCCGACGCGCGCUGCCGGCAUGGACUGGAUCAGCGGCCUCCCCGACGAAAUCCUCCACCACAUCAUGUCCUUCCUGAACGCGCGCCAGGCCGUGCAGACGUGCGUGCUGUCCCGGCGGUGGAGCGAUCUCUGGCGCACCGUGCCCUGCAUCAACGCCGACUUCAAUGAGUUUGAUUUCAUUGAUUACCAAGGGGACGAUGAGGACUACAACGACGAGGUGGCGUUCAAGAGGUUCGUUAACCGGAUGUUGGAGCUCCGCGAUCCUGCCACCAUGAUGGACAAAUUCUGGCUCAAGUACAAAAUAUCAGACGGGUACAAUGAAUACAAGGAUUCCAAUGUAGAUGCCAACAGGUGGAUUAGCCAUGCUUUGCAAAAGCAGGCCAGGGUUAUGGAGGUUGUCGUGUUCUCCUUUCCAUUGGAGCUCGAUCACUCGGUGUUCACUUCAUGCUACCUGAGAAAAAUUGGGUUCUCCUGUGUUUCUUUACACCAAGGUUUCUUCAAGCAACUUGACGCCGGCUGUCCAGAAUUGGAAGAACUCUUCUUACAUGAUUGCACUAUUGCGGAUGAGGAGAUCUUCUCCCAGUCACUGAAGGUUUUGACAAUCGACGACACUGAAUUCUCCAAGGCGAACAAGGCAUAUAUUUCUAUUCCAAGUGUUACUUCUCUCACCUUGUCUAGUCCUGAGAAUUCCACACCUAUGCUAAAGGACAUGGCAUUACUAACGACCACAUCAGUAUCAGUUAAAUUUUAUACAUUCAGUUAUGGUUUUGAUGCUAAUGAUCUCCGCCAGUGUCUCUGGAGCCUUUCUGGUGUUACAAACUUGGAGUUGAAUUAUGAGGGUACAGAGCUGACGUUCGAAAACAAUUUGCAAUGGUGCCCAGAAUUCAUCAAUGUUGUCAACCUGACUCUUGGUCAGUGGUGCCUGGAUGCAAACUUCUAUGCACUAAUUGUCUUCCUUCAGAACUCAGCGAGACUAGAGAAGUUAACUCUGAAUCUUGCGAAGGAUCGUUAGCGAGCUUAUGGAAAGAUCAUUUACAUGCGAGCACCUUAAGAUUGUUGAAGUCAAAUGCUUGGAGGAUGAUCCCCAGGUCAUCAGUGUGCAAGAUUUCUUUGCUAGUAAUGGCAUGGCCUCUGUUCAGUUUCAUAUCAAACACUGGGGCCAAUACGAGGAAGAGGAUGAGUUACCUGCAUUUGUUCGGUAUGAGGAGAGAUGAAAUGCCAAAGGAUCUUUUGCAUUUGUUUGUCAUCCCAUUGAAGAAUCAACUCGCUUUCUGCUACAUUCACUGGCUACAGUAGAGUUCCGAGGUCUUAUUUUGCAUUUUUGCUGGUCUGUAGUAAUGGCAUCCAAUAACUUUGCUAGUUUUCAUUCCACUCCUAAUCUCUGAUUACAUUAGCAGUUGUUCAACCAAGGACCUAUUUAUCCCUUGUACAACAGAAUUUCUUUCCAUUCAUCAACUAUUUUUUGUUCAGUCUCUUCAAUUUCGUUUUCAUUUUACAAAAACAUUCUUAUGUCCAUUAAUUUUUUUCCCAUCACGACGUGAGCAAGUACAGAUCACAGCACCCCACCACACAAACUGCUCACUUAAUUGGCUUUGCCAAGAAUAAUGUGCAACAAUCACGAUCAACGAAUUAAUCUUGAUGGCGACGAAAUCCAACAAUUUGUGUUGAGGUUGCCACAUUUUUAGUAAAACUAUUGAAAAAAAAAUCAUGAGAUGAAACGGAGGGAGUAUUUCAUAGCAUCAUAAGAUGAAAAAAAAAACAGGGCAGAAAUUUAUAAGCGAACAUUAGUAUGAUCCUAAAUUAGCGAUGCAUCCAUCUAUGUCGGGAAUUCCUACACCACCGCCGCCUUCGGCCGGCGACGACGUCACGCAGCUCCGUGCAGGUGCACUCCACCUUCGCGAGGUCCUCGCCGGCGAGCCUGCUCAGGAUCUCCGCCGCCUGCAGCCAGGUCGG